UCCUCUCCUCUCCUCCUUCUCCUUCUCCGCAUGCCGCGCCGGAGGUUGCUCGCCUGGUCCUCGCUCGCCUGGCUUGGCUUGGCAGGUUGCGCGGCUUUCCGGAUCGGGAUCCUGAGCGGCAGCGCGGGGUCUGCGCGCCUCGGGCUGAGCAGGGGUUUCUUCUCCUCCCCUCUGCGGGCUUCUGGCAUGGGAAGAAGAAGAAGCAGCAGCAUCAGCAGGGACCGUCGCAAGGGCUCGCUGGCUUCGUGACUUGGAUCGGGUGGGGGAAAAAAAAAAAAACACCCCAAAAAAGGCUUGCGCGCUUUUGGGGGGCGAGCGCUGCUUUUCCGUCUCCCCGGGAUCUGCUUGCCCGGUUUCUGGCUUUCCCCGCAGCGAUCCGGCGCCUCCUGCGGAGCCAGGAGCCAAAUCGGUCGGAUCAUGGAGCUGUUGUCCACCCCGCACAGCAUCGAGAUCAACAAUAUCACCUGUGACUCCUUCCGAAUUUCUUGGUCCAUGGAUGUUGGAGACCUGGAUAGGGUUACCCACUACUUCAUCGAUUUGAACAAGAAGGAAAAUAAAAGCUCCAACAAGUUCAAACACCGGGAUGUCCCUACCAAGCUGGUAGCUAAGGCAGUGGCCCUGCCAAUGACGGUGAGGGGCCACUGGUUUCUGAGUCCCCGGACAGAGUACAGUGUGGCAGUGCAGACUGCAGUGAAGCAAAGUGAUGGAGAGUACCUCGUCUCUGGAUGGAGUGAGACUGUCGAAUUCUGCACAGGAGACUAUGCUAAAGAACAUCUGGCCCAGCUGCAAGAGAAAGCCGAGCUCAUCUCGGGGAGGAUGCUGCGGUUCACGGUUUUCUAUCGGAAUCACACUAAAGAGUAUUUCCAGUAUGUCAGAAUGCAUUGUGGAGACGUCAUGAAGCCGUACCUGAAGGACAACAGUGGCAGCCAUGGUUCGCCCACCAGUGGCAUGCUCCAUGGCAUCUUUUUCAGCUGUAAUACCGAGUUCAACAACGGCCAGCCUCCCCAAGACUCCCCUUACGGCCGCUAUCGUUUCCAGGUACCCGCACAGCGCCUUUUCGGUCCCAACACCAACCUCUACUUCGCGGAUCUCUACUGUAUGUACACUGCCUACCAUUAUGUCAUUCUGGUGCUGGCGCCGAAAGGUUCUGCUGGAGAUAAUUUCUGUCGGGAGCGACUGCCCCAGUUGGACAUUUCCUGCAACAAGUUCUUGACCUGUAGCGUGGAGGACGGCGAGCUCGUCUACCGCCAUGCCCAGGAUGUCAUCCUGGAGAUCAUCUAUACGGAGCCAGUUGACCUCAGUCUAGGAGUUCUGGGGGAGAUCAGUGGCCACCAGCUCAUGAGCCUCUCGACGGCCGAUGCCAAAAAGGAUCCGAGCUGCAAGACCUGUAACAUCAGCGUGGGGCGCUAGAGAGAGAGGGAAGGGUGGGGAGGGAGGGAGAUGGAACAAACGCCAAUAUGAGAGGUCUUGGUGAGCCCCAUGGCCCUUCAAUGUACAUGUGAGACUAUCUGAGAACGGGGGUCCCCCUUGGGUGAAGGGGAGGCUGGAGAAGUCCCCCUUUUUGCUGCCCUUGCCUCAUUUCUCUCCCCCUCCCCUUCUCUUCUUGCAUGUUUCCUUGCCAUUGUAAAUAAGAUUUUGGACUUGGGAUGAGAGAAUGAGAAUGAGAGAGAGCAUGCAAGCAGGUCAACAUUGAAGGACCUGCAUUUCCAGGUUGACUAAGGACAGCCCUCAAUUUUUUGAGGUCCCUUCUCCAGGAAAACCAUCCCGUUCUCUUCCGUUUCCCAACCCAAACUCAAACGGACAUUUCACUUUGCGCACACAGCAGGGAGUUCGGCCAGUCUGAUGAACACGUAGUUUCCUAAGCAAAAUAUACUAUCUAGAAGUGCUACUCCAUCUUGCAACUUGCUCCUUUUGGCCCAUUUCUCCAUACCGUGUACAGUAUUUUUUUUCCCCCAUGGGUUCUCUUCAUCCGUAGCAUGAUUUACUUUUUUUUUUUUUUAAAGAAGUACAUUGAAGGUUGGAAGAAGACGUCUCCCCACCACCUUCAGGAAGGUUUCUCCUGGGUUAAAAGCUCAGCUGGCACAAAGACCACCUCAACUAACAGUGGGUAGAAUAAGCUUAAAGAAACGAGCAGCGGGUAAAAUAAGCUUAAAGCUGGGAUGGGCAUGUAGGCGAGAGAAGGAAAGCGAAGAAGGGAUUCUUACGUAGAGAUUCUUUCUUUCUUUUUUUUGCUCAUUUCCACGGGGUGUGACACCUUAUUAUUUAUGUCCUUUAUUUAUUUUGACUGAAGAAGAAGAAAGGGAGAAGGAACAACAGGUUCAAACAGGUGUACUAGAAACUGGAAUGCUGAUGGGCGAUGUUGCUAUGCAAACAUACCCAGCUUGGCUUCCCUGUUUUCCCAUGAUAACCGGUUACAGAUCUGGGCUGGCAAAGCUCAUACCCAUGUCUCAUUCUGGGUUGGGGGUUCAGAAGACGGGGAAGCUGGAGCCACCUCCAUGGCGCAGGCAGGAGAGUAAGGCGGAAAGACAAAUCACUCACCGUUGAAUGCUUUCUCCACCCCGCUCCUGCUUUGAUUGUGAUUCGUUUUUCUUUCCCACAAUGCAGGACGACUCAUAAGAUGAUAGUUCCAGCUUUCAUACCUUAAAUUCGCAGCUCCCAUUAAACUGGAAUGCGAUUUGUGAUUCCGUGGGUUGUGUGAAUUUAGCUGUUGCGGUUUGCAACCCGUAGUUGAUGUACCUAGGAACAAUGACUCACCCCAAAUAAUGGCUUAGGGAAGAACAACCGGCUUUUAUCAUCAUACCUGAAAUAAGCCACAAGCGUAAUACAGGUGGUCCUUGACUUACGACUAUCUGUUCAGCAACCCCUGGUCCCUGAGGCACCCCUGCUCUGCAUAAUGACUGCAAUGAGCCAGGAUUUCAUGGGUGCCUUGCUUAAAAAAACAUCAACAACUUAAUGACCACAAUUCUGGGCUCACAUGUAGUCAUAAGUCAAGGACUACCUAUCUCUCUGCCUUUUACACAGCUUUGUCUCCUUCCCUUCAGUUUCGUUCUUUUUCCCACAGACUGAAAGUUUCUCCCCUCUUUGCUACUAACUUCAGAUUUUGAUCUCAGGAGCCAGGAGGUGCGGUAAACAUUGGGCGUCCCAAGGACAAUGACAGCUGCACAAUUUACACCUCCUUGUUUAGAGACCUAAUGUGCCAUUCAUUACGGCUUUAAGCUUGUAACCCUGGCAAGCAGGUUGGGGCAUCGUCCAGAACAGAAGUUUCCAACCUUGGCAACUUUAAGCCUGGAGGACUUUAACUUCCAGAAUUCUCCAGCCAGGAAUUCUGGGAGUUGACAUCCUCCAGGCUUAAAGUUGCCAAGGUUGAAGACCCUUGCUCCAGAAUGAACAGUGAGAACUUCUCUUGGCCUGUAAGGAGAAAGAUUCAUUUGCAGCCACUCCCCACAUCUCUGUGCAGUCUCAACGUGCCCAUGCCUUUAGUCCAUCACCGGGAACCGGCUUCCUGAGACAGGUUAGACCUGCUCUUGACAGCUGCUCCUCACAUCUGCCAGCCACCCUCUUUACGCUGAAGGCUUGGCCUCCAUCACAAGGAGUUUUUUGUUUCUAUGGGUUUUCUUGGGUUGUGUGAGCGAGUGUUUCCUUUAUCAGGGCAAAGCUGCCGAUAGCAUCCUUUCUUUCCGCAAGGAACUUUGAGAAGUUCUGUCUAACUUGAACGUCAAGAAAUUCUGGACCUUCCUUCUUUACUCUCCACUGGCCGGUUAAGAUCUGGGCUUGAGAUCUUAAAGAGAAUUCAUUUCAUAGCAGCAAGUUAGAAGCCCGAGGCCUAGAAGAAAACCAGCCCCACAUUUAAAAGGCCUUUCCCAUUCCAGGGUUGACUUGAAGGGGAAAAAACAAACAAACAAACACACACACAGAGCCAACUUCCGUAAGAUACUCUUGUUACCUUGAGAAGGACAUCUACUGAGAACCCAAAGAGAAAUAAAGAAGAGACAGAGGAGUUAAAAAAAAAUUAUUAUUAUUUUUGUGGGUCUUUGGAGCCUCCAACAAAGCCAGCCUCCAAAUCUAUCCAGCCAAAUAAAAGCCCAAGAUCAUGCAAACCAGUGUUUCAAAAAUGCAACACCUCAACCAUUCCUAUUCUGGAAUGGAUUUUGGCAGUCUAGCAAGCAGCACGCUGGGGGGGCGAUUUAUCAAGCCUCGUGUGAGCUGACAUACGUGACUGGUGGGGAACAUUCAACUCUGUGAGUUCGACAUUCCUAGAUACCUGCCUGCAAUGUGUUCUUCAUAAUUCUGGUUAGUUUCCAGACUGUUGCAUCCCUCAGUAAGCUUGGGAGAAUGUUGACUGUAAACCAGUUGAUUGUGGUGGAAAGGUUUUCACCGAUAGCUUGCCUGCAAUUAAUGAUCGCAUUUCCCUGCAGUUCAGCUAUCUGCAGGAGAACCUUGGUUGCAUUCCUGUGGAGCAGAGAUGAUGAGCAGGAGGACUGUAGAUUAGAUUAACAGAGUUGGAAGGGACCUUGUAGGUCAUCCAGUCCAACCCCCAGCCCAAGCAGGAGACCCUACACCAUUUCCAACAAAUGGCAGUCCAGUCUGUUCUUGAAAGCCUCCAGUGAUGAAGCUCCCACAACUUCUGAAGGCAACUUCUGUUCCAUGGGUUGAUUGUUCUCACGGUCAGAAAAUGUCUCCUUAUUUCCAGGCUGAAUCUCUCCUUGAUCAGUUUCCAUCCAUUAGUCCUUGAUUGCCUCCGAGUGCUUUGGAAAAUAGCUUGACCCUCCUCCUCUCUGUGACAGCCCCUCAAACAUUGGAAGACUGUUAUCAUGUCUCCCCCGGUCCUUCUCUUCACUAGACUAGCCAUGCCCGGUUCCUGCAACAGUUCUUCAUGUGUUUUAGUCUCCGGGUCUUUGAUCAUCUUAGAUAGAUUCAUAUUAACAGAGUUGGAAGGGACCUUGUAGGUCAUGUACUCCAACCCCCCACCCAAGCAGGAGACCCUACACCAUUUCUGACAGAUGCCAGUCCAAUCUCUUCUUGAAAGCCUCCAGUGGUGAAGCUCCCACAACUUCUGAAGGCAGCUUCUGUUCCAUGGGUUGAUUAUUCUCACUGUCAGAAAAUUCCUCCUUAUUUCCAGGUUGAAUCUCUCCUUGAUCAGUUUCCAUCCAUUAUUCCUUGUCUGACCUUCGGGUGCUUUGGAUAAUAGUUUGACCCCCUCCCCUCUGAGGCAGCCCCUCAAACAUUGGAAGACUGCUAUCAUGUCUCCCCUGGUCCUUUUUUUCUCUUCAUUAGACUAGCCGUGCCCAGUUCCUGCAACCAUUCAUUUUAUGUUGUAGCCUCCAGUCCCCUCAUCAUCCCGGUUGCUCUUCUCUGCCCUUUUUCUAGAGUCGCGACAUCUUUUUUUAUAUGGUGACCAAAACUGGAUGCUCCAAAGCUUCUGAAAUCUAAGUGAUUCCAAAGCAAAAUGUGCAGUUGUGGUUCUCUGGGCAAAUCAAAUGCAGAAAGAAGGUUGGGUGGAAGAAGGUUGAACCUGUCACAGAAGGAAUUCCACCCACAAGCUCCAUAACAGAGCUUGAUGGUUGUUUGAUGAGGCUGGCUCCUUUCAACCCCGUGUUAAAUUACUGACAUAUUCCCAGAAUCCCAGCCUCCCAAAUUUGAAGUAUAGAAGAACCAAUAAAGUCAGGUCUUCAAUUGAAGAAGCAUUUCCAUGGAGGUGAUGGGGAAACUUCAGGACUCUGGGUGGUUUUUAUUAUUAUUAUUAUUAUUAUUCUUGGCACAACUUUUGGAACUUUCCAAGUGCCCAGCUGUGAGGCCAAUGGUGUAGUGUUUGCUGUGUGCUGUACUGUGCCACAAAUGCUGCUAGCAUUAAUAAUAAGGCUUUUUCUCUGCUGUUGAUUUUCCCCUUCUCCGCGUCGCCCUGCCUAUUGCAAUUUCUAUCCAACUGUUAAACGUCACUUGCUCCAGGAAAUGCUGUCGGUAUUUAGAGGCUGCCCAGCUUUGUAUGUGUACGCUAAGAAACCCUAAUGCCAUUUGAGGCUGGAUUUGUAUCACGCUUUCUCCAGCCGGAAUGUGAGAAAAACAGCAGCAGGAGGAGUGGUGAGAUUGUCAUCAAUUUAUUUCAAUCAAUGGAGAAAAAUGUUUCUCCAUUUCAUACCCAAAGUGACACGAGAAUGUUCUCUGCUACCUAAAAAACGAACAGACUAUGUGAUAAGCAGGUAAAAGUUACUACGACGUUUGUUGCAGUACGGCUACAAAAAAGUUACUGCUACACAGCGGUGAAAUCCACUUGCCUUUGCUACCGGUUUGGGAACGGGAGCACGCGGGAGCAGAGGGUCAAAAACGGGAUGUAAUAACGUCCUGGCGGAUGGGUGGAGCCUCCCGCCGCUGGUGCUACCGGUUCGUACGAUCCGGAUAGAUCCGGCCGGAUUUCACCCUGCUACAACUACAAUAAUAAAGGUCUAAAAACAUGGAGAGAAAUUACUUCUUUUCUGAACAGAGGCUGUGAAGUGUACCGCAAUCAAGUGGCUCGUAAGAUAUUGAAUGAGCCAAUCGAGUGGCUCAUGAGAUAUUGAAUGAUUCGAUUGUGCUAUAAGUACUGGGUGAUGGGAAUUCUCCGCCAACCAGUCCUCAACCCCAUUCAGGAAGUCUAUUCCUAGUGCAAUUUUGUAAAUAUUUAUUCAAAACUGAAGCUUCGUUCAAGGGUGCUUAAUUCUCAAAUCAAAGGAAUCUGGGCUGUGUCCCAACUUAAGAGAGAGAGAGAGAGCACAAUCGUUCGUGAUUAACUACCUAAAAUGAAUCUAUUUAAUUUUAUACAGUAAAGCUAGACAGAAGCAGAGAAUUUUGUUUUAAUCUUUUAUUUUUUCCCUUCUUUUAGUGCUGGAAAUGUAACACGGAGGUCUUGUGUAAUUUGGGUCAAGGCGUUUUAUUUGAUGAGGCUAAUUAGGUGAUGGGUAAACACGGGCCAACUUUUAUGAAGAAAAAAAGGGAAGGAAAAAAAACAUUUCAGGAAGGUUUUUUUUAACCAUCUGGAGGAAUGUUCUAACAGAUGGACAUGUUAUGUCACCUCCCUGGCUGGCAGCUGUUCUCCAAGCAUCGUCAACAGCCAUCUCCUCAGUUUUUCUCCUAAUUACAUACAAAAUCAGGUGCUACCCUACAAAUUUGAGAGUUCAUUUUAUUCACACUGAUCCUCUGUCCGUUCUCAAAUAGGAGCAGAACAACUUUGUUGAUGUGCCAAAGCACUUCUAAACCUCAACGUAACUCAACCGUUUGAAGGAAAAGUGAUGGAGAUAGAUAGGAAGUAUCUAAAAGCGUAAAACGGGAAAAGCUAUCCCAGUAAAUAUUCUGAAUACAAACCGUAUCACUAGAAUUAGUAUUGCGGUGAUGCAUAUCUGGGACAACGAAACAGGGAAUUUCUUUAGAAUACGUUAAAGUGGCGUGGAGAAUGGAAACAUCGCAGGGGUCAAAUGCUCCCGGUUCAGACCAGAUCGCCUGAUCCGGUAGCGAUGGAGGCGGGUGGUUCGGAGAACCGGUAGCAAAAAUCUCUGCACACACCUCCCCCCCAUGCCCAGCUGAGCUGUGCGAUCAUCAGAGGCUUUUUUUCUUUUAAAUGCCUCUGACGAUCCAAGCUGAAUUGCCUGAUCGUCAGAGGCAUUUAAAAGAAAAAAAAAAGCCUCUGUCGAUCAGGCAACUCAGCUGGGAUCGUCAGAGCCUUUUGAAAGCAUUUUUUUACAACCUCUUCGCUGUCUUCAGAAAAAAAUGGUUUUAAAAGAAAAAAAUGGUUUUAAAAGUUUUUUAAAAAUUGGCCACGCCCACGCAGUCACAUUACCCUUCCCACCGAGACAUGCCCACAGAACUGGUAGUAACAAAUUUUAGAUUUCACCACUGCUUAGAAUAUGCUAGGAUUUUGCAGUACGUGGGAGCACAUUGGGGGUGAGGUGGAGAUGGACAACUCUAGCACCCAUCUGCCACUCCCCCAAACUGCUACCCCUUUCCCUAAGUUUGCAUGACAGCUGUUUGCAGCUGCAGCAAGUCUUGGAAAACUCAUUUAAGGAGCUGCUGACAGAUCCCUUAAUUCCCUUGCCAAGCACUUUUUUUUAAAACCAUGGAAUCCAGAGCGGUGAACAACCCUGAAAAAUGCCUGCCAAAUACAGAGCAUUUUAAGACAAUUCACCCUUUCAAUUCACGAGUAUCCUCAAUAUUAAGUAAGGGAGGAUAGUGCAGACUUGGGAAAGGGGAUCGAAAUAAUCUUUUCAAAAACCUAGAGAUAAAAUAAAAAUAACUUCCUUCCCGUUGUUGUUUUUUUUAUUAUGCCUUUAAUUUUAUAGCCCGUUCCCUCCAAAUCUGCACAUAAUGUGAAUUCGAGAUACAUGAUGCUCAAUGACCCUCAAAGCACCUAUCUAUGGGAAGACGACAUUUGAAGUUGUUGCAGAAGAUCCUGGUUUGAUUUUUGGCAACCUAGCAAGGGCUGUCAGAGGUGCCUGUUUUCAUGCUGGAGAAUGACUGCUGACCAAGGAAGACUCUAGAUCAGGGGUGUCAAACCCGAGGGUUGUGUUUGACCAGUAGUUGGGCAUGGCCAGCUUGAAGUCACUCAUGUUGGGGGGCGCCUGUGGUGGCCUGAGAGCUCGGCCAGCGGAAACAGGCUCCCGAUCUCCGUUUUCGGCUGAGAUGGCCUCCUGCAACCCUCUGCCAGCGAAAACGGAGCUCGGGAGGGCUUCCGGUGGCCCUCCCAAGCUCCCUUUUUGCUGGCAGAGGCCCUGCGGGCCGGUCCUUCGCUGUUUCCAGGGUGUCCCUGUGGUCCACAGAUCUGGAGUUUGACACCCUUGCUCUAGACGUUUUCUCUAGAUCAGUGAUGGCUAACCUUUUUGCCAUCGCGUGCCAGGAAGGGGUGGGGUGGGGGAGGUUUGCCUGUGCGUGUGCCCACACCCAUAAUUCUAUGUGCCCUGCCACGCACAUGCGAGCGUGACCCUUCACCCCCCACUCCUGGCACGCGAUGGCCUGGUAGGCCCAUUUUUCUUUCUCAGCUGACUCCAGAUCCUUUCUAUGCAUCUGGGGAGGGCGAAAACAGCCUUCCCCACCCCCUCGGAGGCCGGAAGUUGAGAAACGGGCCGUUUCGCCCUCCCCAGAUGCAUAGAGAGGAUCUGGAGCCAGGGAGAAAGAAAAACGGGCCUUCCCCUGCCCCCCCAGGCCCUCUUCUGGUGGGCCCAAAAGGGCCAAAAAUCAGCUGACAGAGCUGAGCUGGCGUACCAGGCAACAUGACUCCACAUGCCACCUGUGGCACGUGUGCCAUAGGUUCGCCAUCAUGGCUCUAGAUGAACAGUGGUCUGAUCCAACACCAAGUUUGCCUAUGGUGCUAACCCAUUAUAGUAAAACUAUAGGAUGGCCUUCACCGAAGAGUGAGCUAUUAAAUAGGGGACCUCAAAAAUACACCAUUGAUGUAUCUCUUUCAUAGUUUUCAAACUAUGUCUGAUCAGAGAUCCCUCAAUGAGAUCAGUUCUGGAGAGCAAGUCUUUCCGAUGGGCGUCUGCCCUAGUCCCAUCGCGCUUUUCCUACCGCGUGCAAAGAAACGGAAGACUGAUCCCAUAUGAAAUGUAAGUAUGCCUUAAAACAGGCUCUCCAAACUUAGCAACUUUAAGACUUGUGGACUUCAACUCCCAGAAUUCCUCAGCUAGCCGGCUGGGGAAUUCUGGGAGUUGAAAUCCAUAAGUCUUAAAGUUGCCAAGUUUGGAGAUCCCUGCCUUAAAACCUGUCAAGUUUUUCGAGGCAUAUUUCGACUUCAGAUGGGAUCGUCUGAAAAUAUAUAGCUCGUUUCAUACAGUAUAUGAGUUAUAUCUAUGUUGCGAAACACGCUCUAGAUUGUUUGCCAACAUGUUGAAGAACAUGGAGAAGGGCGGCAUAUAAAUCGACCCAAAUAAAUAAAUAAAUAAAUAAAUAAAUAAAUAAAUAAAUAAAUAAGACAUGUUGGCAAACAUGUUUUUUUGGUCUCAUAGGCACUGACUGUUGUGUGUAGGAACUUUCCCCAAAGAUUCAGGAAUAUCAUUUUUUCUUCUGGUGUUAAUAAAUUAUUUCCUUCUUUCUAAGGCAACUUGGGAAAGUAGAAUUUUAAUUAAGAUUGCAAAACAGCAAAAAAAAAAAAAGAUAAUCCCUUCUCAAAUAUCAAGAUCCUAGCUUAAGCGUCCUUUGAACUAAAAGUCUCUUGCUGUUGGCUAUGUUGGCUGAGGACGAUGGGAGUGGGUGUCCCAACCGUCUGCAAGGAAUGGAGCAACUGCUCCUGCCCUAAAUGACUUCAGAAAUAUAUUUGGACAUUUCAGGAAUUGUCUGAGUCUUCAGCAAUUCCUGUGAUGUGAGGAACCCGUCUAAGGAGCAAGAUUCUUUGGCGGCGUUCCAGGCAGAAAGCAUCCCGUCUUAGAUUAGAAGGAGGAAAUCUUUGCCUCGAAUUCCUGGUUGCGAAGCAGCUUCACAGGUUUGGCCCUUUGAUGAUCCCAGCCUCUUCCUCGUCACCCUCCAAAUCCUUGCAUGUGGCUGAGAAAAUUUCAGCAUGGCAGUCACGCAACAGCCCAAACUGGAUUCAAAACGACGCUUUUCCAGACUGUGUGUAUGAUGCACGCUGUAAAACCGUACCUGAAGCAAAAAACCCUGUGCUGUGCUUCCAGUGUGUAUUAAUAAACAAGAACCUGUGUUGAAACAA